GCAUAAGAUAUUAUGACUAACGUGCGUUGAUUCAAUGAAAGUAAUUAAUUCAUAGUUGAAUUUUCAACGGAAAUCAAAAAUUCAAAUGAAAAAGAGACGCAAAAUAUUGAUGCAAAACUUAAAUUUCAAAAAUACGUUAAAAUUAAAUAAGCUAUAUAUAUGCAUGCAGUUACAUUAUUUGCACAGCCCACCCGACUGAAUGUCAUAUGAAGGACUUUUCGCGAGAGAGAAAGCUGGUUGAUUGGUUGAAAAUAUUCUCACAAAAAAUAAUUUUUUCAUUCAUCUUCAAAACUCGCGUUGAGUAAGUUGAAUAAGCCGAUUUCUUCAAAUUAUUAAAUAAAAACUCAAAAAUGCCUAUCAAGAGUAUUAAAGCUCGUCAAAUCUUCGAUUCACGCGGUAACCCAACCGUUGAAGUUGACUUGACAACUGAAUUGGGAUUAUUCCGUGCUGCAGUUCCAUCAGGUGCCUCAACUGGUAUCCAUGAAGCUCUUGAAUUGCGUGACAAGGAAGCAGCUAACUGGAUGGGAAAGGGUGUUUUGAAAGCCGUUGGACAUGUCAAUGACUCACUCGCUCCAGCAGUCAUUAAAUCAGGCUUAGAAGUCACUCAACAACGCGAGAUUGAUGAAUUGAUGAUUAAACUUGACGGAACACCAAAUAAGAAUAAGUUCGGUGCUAAUGCUAUUUUGGGUGUUUCAUUAGCCGUCUGCAAAGCUGGUGCUGCAAAGAAGGCUGUUCCACUUUACCAACACAUUGCUGAUUUGGCUGGAAAUAAGGAUAUAUGGCUUCCAGUCCCAGCCUUCAAUGUUAUUAACGGUGGUGAGCAUGCUGGUAACAUGUUGGCUAUGCAAGAAUUCAUGUUGUUGCCACUCGGCGCAAAGUCAUUCACAGAAGCCAUGAAAAUGGGUGCUGAAACUUACCACAAUUUGGCCAAGGUCAUUCAAGCCAAGUUUGGCAAGGACGCAACAGCUGUUGGUGAUGAGGGUGGUUUUGCACCAAACAUUUUGGAUAACCGUGCUGGUUUACAAUUGAUUGUUGAGGCUAUUGAAAAGGCUGGAUAUACUGGAAAGAUUAAGAUUGGUAUGGAUGUUGCUGCUUCAGAAUUCAAGGAUGAUGAUGGUUCAUAUGACUUGUUCAAGAAAGACAAGGUUAAGGAUAAGUCCCGUAACUUGUCAUCAGACAAAUUGGGUGAUCUCUACAUGGAAUUCAUUAAGGAAUUCCCAAUUGUCAGCAUUGAAGAUCCCUUCGAUCAAGAUGACUGGGAAGCAUGGACUAAACUUAAUGCUCGUGCUGGAAUCCAAAUUGUUGGUGAUGACUUGACAGUCACAAAUCCAACACGUAUUCAAACGGCUGUUGAAAAGAAUGCUUGCAACUGCUUGUUGCUUAAGGUCAAUCAAAUCGGUUCCGUUACUGAGUCAAUUGAUGCUCAUUUAUUGGCAAAGAAGAAUGGCUGGGGAACUAUGGUCUCACAUCGUUCAGGUGAAACUGAGGAUUCAUUCAUUGCUGAUUUAGUCGUUGGUCUCUCAACUGGACAAAUUAAGACAGGUGCUCCAUGCCGUUCCGAAAGAUUAUGCAAAUACAACCAAAUCUUACGUAUUGAGGAGGAACUUGGAGCCAAUGCCAAGUUCUCUGGUGAAAAAUUCAGAAAUCCACAUGCAUAAGUGCUGAUCACAUUUGAAUUUAAUUAUCUAUAAAAUUUAAUGCAACAAAAAAAUACAUAAAAUAAAAUUAAUAAUUUUAAAAAAACAUCCCAUAAUGUCUGAAAGAUGUCCAAUGCACAACAAGUUGCAUUCUGCAUUUUCUUUUGAAUUUUUCCCAUCUCUCCUGCUUAAGCCCAAACUCACUCUCAUGGCUUAACACAAAUAAUGGACAUAAAAAGAAUACAAUUUUUUGAGAAUAUCAUUAAAAUUACUACAAAACAAAAAGUUAUUCAAGAUGUUAAUCUCUAAUUAAGGAUAUUUAAAAUAUCUGUCAUUUAAUGAAAGAAAAAAAUUAUAAGAUUCCUUAAUUUAAAGACACAAAAAUGUUGUAGCUUCAUACAGAUACAGUAACUUAUUUGUCGUGAGAAGUU